AACAUUGUGUGAGAGCCGGUGAAAACAUGGAGGAGUCACAACGCAUACUGAAGUAUUUAACUGAAGUGGAAGAGGCAGCAGAAGACGUUCUUGCUGAUAAACAACAGAUUGUAGAUCUCGACGCAAAGCGAAACCGGAAUAGAGAAGCGCUCAGUGCUCUGCGGAACGACAGCCAGCAGUCCGAAGAAAAAGUCAAAGUUUGUUUUGGAAACAUGUUCAUAAAAUUACCCAAAGCUACAACAAAGCAGAUGAUUCAAAAAGAUCAAGAGCAGCUCGACAAGGAGAUAAGUGAUCUCCAUAAACGUUUGAAAGCAAAAGUAAAUCAUCUCCAUGAGUUACAAGGAAAGCCUGACUUGAAGGGGUACAACCUGUCCCCUCUUAGUAAUGACGAGUUGAGGGCAAUCAACAGCAUCCUGAAGAGAUGAGGUGCACCAAGGACUUGUCACCUUGUGGAGAAUGGGUACAACUAAAUGACAUUUUUGAGCAAAAGUUCAGAAUUAACAUCAAAGUCCCUCAGAAACAGACUGUGGUGAGUCUGUGAAGAAGCAAAGGACCUGUCUUUCACAAAGAAGGUGGACAUUGAUACAGGACUAAUCUGCUGUGUGUCACAGUGUGUGGGGUUUGUGUAAGGUAGACAGGGAUGUCACAAUGAUCCGUUUUUUUAGAGAACCAGGAGUUUGACAUUGGCAAUGUUUGAAAUUGUUAAGGAUGGAUUGAAGUAUGCGGGCUUAUACUCUUAGUGUAUUACUAUAAUUCUGUUGUUGAUUGCUGUGUCACUUACUCUGUUUGCCCCAGCAGGC